AUGUCCAUGUCCCACCUGUAUGGGCGAAGGGGGGAGGAAGAGGAAGAUGGGGUGGAGGUGGAGAGCUUUGAGGUGACGGACUGGGAUCUGGCCAAUGAGUUCAAUCCAGACCGCCGCAGACACAAGCAGACCAGGGAGCAGGCCACCUAUGGCAUCUGGGCUGAGAGAGACUCGGAUGAAGAUGAGAGGCCCAGCUUUGGAGGCAAGAGGUCUAAGGACUACACCGCUCCAGUGAGCUUUGUGAGUGCUGGUCUGCGUAAAACUGCAGCUGAGGAGAAGCAGCAGCAAAAAGCUGAAGCAGGCUCCGAUGACUCCGAUAAUGAUGAUGAUGACGCUCCUGCAGCACCUCCCCCUCCUCGUGGUGCUGCGCCCAAAAAACUCCAGAUGGGCAAUUUCCGUGGGAACCAGUCCCAGAGGUUUGCAGCUGGCAUACGGCCUGGACAAGACAUAGGCAGCUGGGAGAAGCACACAAGGGGGAUCGGACAAAAGCUGCUGCAAAAGAUGGGCUACCAGCCAGGCAAAGGCCUGGGCAAAAAUGCACAAGGUAUUGUAAACCCCAUCGAGGCGAAGGUGCGUAAAGGCAAGGGCGCGGUGGGGGCGUAUGGCAACGAGCGAACCCAGCAGAGUCUUCAGGACUUUCCUGUAGUCGACUCAGAGGAAGAGGAGGAAAAGGAGUUUCAGAAGGAACUAGGCCAGUGGCGCAGGGAUCCUGCAGCUUCUGGAGGAAAGAAGAAGCCAAAGUAUUCUUACCGAACUGUGGAGGAGCUGAAGGCUAAAGGGAAGCUGGCUGGACGGUCUACAACAACUCCUGCAGGAGAGCUGGCACAGGUUAAGGUGAUAGAUAUGACCGGAAGAGAACAGAAAGUGUAUUACAGUUACAGUCAAAUGUCCAACAAGCACAGUGUACCGGAUGACGUUCCUCCAAGCCUGGCCACACGGGAUCAGAAGGGGUCUGGCUUUGCUCUCCCUGAGCUAGAACACAACCUGCAGCUUCUGAUAGACCUUACAGAACAGGACAUUUUACAGUCUGCCAGACGUCUGCAGCAUGAGCGAGAUGUUGUUGUGUCUCUGAGCCACGAGUCGUCUGCUCUGCAGGCCAGAUUGACUGCAGAGCAGGAGUCCAUCCAGAGAAUGGAGGCUGUGCUGGAGCUGGUUGAGCGUUUUCAGUCCGGGGAGACAGCACCAGGGGAGGGACCUAGCCUGCAGGAAUGUGCCCGGAUCUUUGAGACCUUACAGACAGACUAUUAUGAAGAAUAUAAGACAAUGGGAUUGGGAGACCUGGCUGUAGCUGUGGUUCAUCCUUUACUCAAAGAGAAACUUCGUACCUGGGAUCCUCUUAAGGACAGCUCUUAUGGUCUGGAAGAAGUUGGUCAGUGGAGAGCAAUCCUUGAAUCCAGACAACUCCACUCCAGUACCCCAGAGACGAACAUGGACCCUUACCACAGACUGCUGUGGGAAGUGUGGAUCCCAGUGAUGCGGUCAUGUGUGACAGGCUGGCAGCCGCGUAUGGUCGGGCCCAUGGUGGACUGUGUGGAGGUGUGGGCUCCCCUUCUCCCCCUGUGGAUCCUGGAUCACCUGCUGGAGCAGCUCAUCUUACCUCGGCUGCAACGAGAGGUGGAUAACUGGAACCCUUUGACCGACACUGUGCCCAUUCAUUCCUGGCUCCACCCGUGGUUGCCACUGCUACAGUCACGUCUAGAGCCCCUGUACCCGCCCAUCCGUAGCAAACUAGCAAACGCUUUGCAGCGGUGGCAUCCCAGUGAUGGCUCAGCGCGCCUCAUCCUGCAGCCAUGGAAGGAUGUAUUCACACCAGGAGCAUGGGAGGCCUUCAUGGUUAAAAAUAUAAUCCCUAAACUAGCUCUGUGCCUGGGAGAGCUGGUUAUUAAUCCUCACCAGCAGCAGAUGGAGCCCUUCCACUGGGUCAUGGAUUGGGAAGGCAUGCUGUCCCCCUCCAGCCUGGUGUCCCUGCUGGACAAAAACUUCUUCCCCAAGUGGCUGCAGGUCCUGUGUUCAUGGCUGAGCAACAGUCCCAACUACGAGGAGAUCACUAAAUGGUACCUGGGUUGGAAGACCAUGUUCAGUGAUGUGUUAUUAGCCCAAUCUCUCAUCAAGGACAAAUUCAACGAAGCUCUGGACAUUAUGAACCGUGCAGUGUCUUCGGGCAUGGGUGGAUAUAUGCAGCCUGGUGCAAGGGAGAAUAUUGCAUAUCUCACACAGACAGAGAGACGAAAGGACUUCCAGUAUGAAGUGCUGCAGGAGCGCAGGGAUGCUGAGAGUGUGGCUCAGAGGGGCAUCAGUGCUGGUCUGCCCACUAACUUCAAAGACCUUAUACAGACCAAAGCAGAAGAAAACAACAUCGUCUUCAUGCCCUUGGUGGCCAAACGCCACGAGGGCAAACAGCUCUACACAUUUGGCCGCAUUGUCAUCUACAUCGAUAGGGGAGUGGUAUUUGUGCAAGGAGAGAAGACCUGGGUCCCCACAUCUUUACAGAGUCUGAUAGAUAUGGCCAAGUGAGGGUGGACUGACUGAAAGAGCAUCCCAGCUCUGCCAACUGUAAAGAGAGAAUAUGUUUUUUUUUGUUGUUUUUUUUUUAUUGCAUCAGUACACUUAACCUUUUGUCAGAAUUGUCUUUGUAAUAGUAUAAACUCGCUAGAAUUGUGAAUAAAUCCUUUUUGAAAUGA